GCCCCUGUGGACACUAGGAGGAAAUAGACUAGAGGAGCUCAACUACUACUACAGAGGCGUUAGCAAUGGCUGCCCUCAGUGUGUAAAGUGCCCUCGCGCGUUGCAGAAACAGGCCGGAGGAGUUCAUCUCCGGUAGUUUUUUUAGUUGUUCAGUGUAGGAAUCAGUCAGUCGAGCUGUAAUCAUUAAAAAAAUUAAUCUUUAAACAAGCAGAGAGUUUUGAUCAGCAGUUUUAAUUCAUUAAUAUAUAAUCCAUCGUCCCCACUUUUGAGAUUUUUUCAAAAAAAUCAUUCACCCCAAGCGAAAAAGUGUGUGUGUUUGAGUGAGUGUGUGCGAGUGUGUAUACAAGUCAAUCCCCCCACACAUAUAUUUCUCUCUUCUUCUUCUCCAAAAACUCGCCGUCGUCGUCGUUCUUCUUCUUUUUACACACACACACACACACCAAAUAACAAAACAAUCCCCUUCGACUUCCGUUUUGCUUUGGCUGCUCUUCUUGUCCUAAUCGAAACUGUAGAAGAAGAAGUGAACUCUCUCCACUUCUUCAUUCAAUUUCCUUCUCUUGAUUUUUCUUCCUCCCGGCGUCUCCCCUAUCUCUCUCUCGGCUGUAAUCCAAGACACACACAGACAGACAGACAAGUCAGAAGAGAGAAAAUUUUAAUAAUUCCGACUGGAACAUUUUCAACCUUCCAAAAAACUCCCGAGUCAUCCCGAGCCCUUGUGUAACUUUUUGGGAACCCGGGCACAGGUGCCGUGGAUAGGAAUCUAAUCAAUUAAUCAACCAACGUGGCGAGGCUUUUUCGGCUGGAAUCAAAUAGAAAAAAGUUUUAUUUUUGACAAGUCUCCCAAAGUUUGUGAAAGAAGAUGGACAACAUGGAUGCUCACUCGCAGUCGCAGCAUGGCGACAACACCACCGAAGUACCCAACGAUCCUGGGAAAAUGUUUAUCGGAGGUCUCAGUUGGCAGACGAGCGCCGAAGGCUUGCGAGAAUAUUUCAGCAAAUUUGGCGACGUGACGGAAGUGAUGGUCAUGAAAGAUCCCACCACCCGUCGAUCCAGGGGUUUCGGGUUCGUGACGUUCGCCGACGCCGCCUCGGUCGACAAAGUGCUGGCCUCAGCCCCGCACGAGCUCGACGGCAAGAAGAUCGACCCCAAAGUUGCAUUCCCUCGCCGGGCUCACCCCAAGAUGGUGACCCGGACGAAGAAGAUCUUCGUGGGCGGACUUUCGGCUCCAUCGACCGUCGACGACGUUAAAGGCUACUUUGAGCAAUUUGGACGGGUGGAAGACGCCAUGUUGAUGUUCGACAAGCAAACCAACCGACACAGGGGUUUCGCCUUUGUGACGUUCGAGAGCGAGGACGUUGUGGACAAGGUCUGCGAGAUUCACUUCCACGAGAUCAACAACAAGAUGCAGGUGGAAUGCAAGAAGGCGCAACCCAAGGAGGUGAUGCUGCCCGUCAACGCGGCCCGCGGACGUGCCGCCACCCUGCGAGCCGGCUACGAUUUGGUCUGGUCCUUGGGCGCACUGCAAGAAGGACUACCAGCUGCCUACGCCGCUGCUUACGCUGGACGUGGUUACCCGGGCUACGCCAGUUUUGGACUGCCUUAUCCAGCCGGUUAUCCAAGUUAUGGAUACUUUCCGGCCGCCGCUGCCGGAGCUGGUGGUCCAGCUAAUGGAAUGGCCGGCGGCGGAGGCGUCGGCGGUCCUGGAGGUGGUGGUGGCGGAGGAGGUGGUGGCGGAGGCGGUGGCGGUGGCGCAGGCGGAAGCAACACUAGCGGAGGCCUCGGCGGAGGCGAAGUUUCUGUGUCGCAGCACCGCAAUGGUCCAGCCAGUGCCGGCCAGCCGACGGGAGCCGGCGGAGCCACGUAUUACGAUUACACGGGCGCUCACGGGCACCACAACGGUGGCGUCGGGGCCGGUCCGGCCGCCUUCCAUCCGCGCGGCCACCACCACCACCUCGACCACCAGCACAAUCCUCAUCAGGCCGCUAACAUGGGCAAUUCGCCUUUACUCCGCGACGCCUACACAGGCCGUUCAGCAAUGAUUAGCAGUUACCCGCAGAGUUACGUCCAGCAGUCGCAAGUGGGCGGCCGCUCGUUCCCGCCUUCGCUGGCCGCUGGACUCGGCGGCCACGGACACGGCGGCCAUCACAACCCCAACGCUUCGCCAGGACCGGCCGGCGACGGCGGACUCUACGACGGAUCGCUGCCCGGAUACACGGCGGCGGCCGUUGCAGCCGCCGCUGCAGCCGCUGGAUCACAUCAGACGGCCCUCGCCAGGUUGUUGUCAAAUUCAUUCACGCAGGGCACCCUGAUUCCGACCCACUACACCAACGGCUACCAUUAACAACAAAGACUAUGUAGAGAAAAGGAUGAACGGCCAGGAGAAUCGCCCCGGAUGACGGCCGGACAAGAGAUUGCGUCACAAUUAAAAAGAUAAAGAAAUGGAAUUCGUCUGAGGAAGCGAAAGAAGGAAGAAGAAAUUGCAGACACAACUUUCAACAAAAAUUACAAAACGAAAAAAGGAAAUUUAUAAAAUAAGGUCGGAAAAAAAACAUUUUUUUUUUGUUACCCCCGUUUAUUUGCCAAUGUUAUAACCCUCCUCACCAGAAAGCCACACACACACACACAUAUACCAUUUUUUGAUUAUUUUUCUAAUCUUAUCUGAAACUUGUGGAUAAGACGGAAAGGAUAACAAGCGAUCUCUCCAAUUUCCCUUGUUAACUCGAAUUAAUUUUUCGCUAUUUUGACAAAUAUCCUCCUCCUCCGCAAAUGACACGGUAGUUUCUCUCCUUCUUCUUGACUUUUCCUCUUCGUAGUCGUAGCGAAAAAAACAAAAAAAAAUUUGGUAGUGGCGAAAUUGAAAAAACAUUUUUUUGAAAUUUAUUUUUUCGAAUUUGGCGCGCAGCUCGUAGUCGAUGACGGUAGACAAACUUACACAACUUAAUCUUUACGUAGUCUUUAUUUAGAUAAUACCCCUCUACCCCCUGAAAAACAUUUAUUAUUGGACAUUUUUUUUCGACUAUUUACCGAAAAAAAGGGAGGGAAUUUAUUUCGUGUAAAAAUUUGAUCCAUACUCAAUUAUCGACAACAACAAAAAAGAGGAAAAGUAAAAUCCCAAAAAAAUUAUCUAUUUUGAAUUUUUUGGGGCCUCUUUGACAAUGGCCAUAUUAUAUAAUAUUUGCUGCUCCCACAAAUUUAAACUGAACUAAAAAAAAAUCCCAUCGUGUUCGUGUGUGUAUGUGUGUGUCAUUUACCUGUUCAAUUUCUCUGAUCGUGUGUUGAUUUUCCCUCUCCAAUCUUUUUUUGGAUUAUUUCCCAAAUUGUUUCUGUUAUAUUCCCGCCCGCCCAAUUUGUAUCACGUAAUCAGAUGUUUUUCUUUAUUCCUUUUUCGGCCUUGAUCCCAAAAUAUUCUCCAAUUGAAUCGCUCCGAAAGACUCGGCCGACUCCGAUUUGAAUGAAUAAUCCACACACACACACAACACAGCCAAAAAAAAAAAAUUGCGAAAGAAAAGAAGAAUCAGAAAAACGGCAGCUAAAAUCAAUAAAUCGAGUAAUAAUAAUAAUUAAAAUUUAGCUGGAACGGGAAAAAAGGUGUGGUUUUCCCAUCCCCAAAAUUUUUAGUAAAUUUUUUUUUUUUUAAUUUUUUAAUUUGUUUCGGUAGUGCCAAUUUUUUGUCAAAAAACUCAGCCGAUCAUUUUUGUUUGAAAAUUCCUUCCUCUUGUAAACAAAAUGAAAUUCUCUUGGCGGCGACGACGACGACGAGACGGAAAGAAAGAAGAAAAAUGUUGUUUUUUCAGGUGUGUCACAAAGGUCACGUGACGUUUACUACCGACUGUGAUAGGCGGAACCAACGCCUUCUCUCUAGUAAAAACUAGCAGCUAGAGUUGAGUAAAAACAGUAAUAGUAGUCUACGAGGUUUUGUUUGCUCUGAUUUUAUCCGCCUUCCGCCUUUUUCUCACCCACCCACCCCCGUCACCUCCUGGUGGAGUUCCAACAAAAAUGAAAAGAUUUUUACUCCUCAACUCGUUUGUUUCAAUCAAAACUAAACGGAUAUACAACGACACACGCGCAUUUUUUUUACGUUUCAACUUUUUGUAGGACGGACGGUGGCGGGAAAUUUGAAAAAUGGAAGCGGAAAUAAAGGGAAAGAAAACCCGUGGAAGUAAAAAGCAGAGAAACUUUUUUAAAAACUUACACAGAAAUUAACCAGAAAUAAAUAACUUUUCUUUUCGUUUUUUGGCUCCUCCCGAGAGAUCAAACAGGAAAAAAAAAUUUAAAAAUGUUUUUAGCCAAAAAAUCGAUUUAAAAUAAAUUAAAAGACCCAACCGAGAAAAAUGUUAAUGAAAUCUUUUUUUGAGAGCCCGUUAGGAUGUUGUUGGUAGCCGUUUCUCGCUGUAGAGCAGAGUAGUAGACACAGAGGACACAGAGAAUUUUACGAAAACAAAACAAAAAAAAAUUAAUUUUUUUAUUAAACCCAAUUUUUGUGUUUUAUCUCCCCCACCACCAAAUUCAUUUACAGCCUGAACAAAAAAAAAAAAGUUUAAAAUUUUUUCGAUGACUCGCGCCAAACACAAAAAAUUUAAAUCAUCUCUCAGCAAUUCAUUUGAUAUGAAUUUUUGAUACAUUUUAUUCAUUUGGGGUGAGAACUUAAUUAUUCAGCGCAGAGAGAGAGAGAGGGAAAUUAAGAAAGAGAGUUUUUUAAAAAGUGAAUACGAGCUAUGCAAAAUAACAAAAUUUUAAUUUCGAGAUUACAAGAAAGUUUAGUUUUUUAGUCUUUUAAUUAUUUUUCGGGGGAAUAUGUGGCGUCGAUAUCAAAAGAUUAUUUUUUUUUUAUUGUUAUCCCCCACACCGCCUUUUUUUUAUUUUAAAAAUUUUUCAUCAGGAAAUUUGAAAUUUUUUUUCGCGCCAUUUUAUCAAUUUCAAUUUUUUAAAAAUCGUCGAUCUCGUCAAGAAGACACGCGUGUGUGUGAAUGAGUAAACACGAAAAAAAAAGGGAAUUAUAUUUUUUUGGAUUAUUUUCUUCCCCUCUCUCUCCAUUCUUCUCACUCUCUCUCUCUCACGCUCUUUCGUUAGAUGAACCAUUGCGUUUAGUGUGGCCGCAUCAAGUCAAAUGAAAAAUUCAAAAAAAAAAUUAAAUCACCGAUUAAUGACACAGGAAAAAUGAAUAUCGAUUGGAUGAAAAUAUACGAAUUUUAAAACGAUGAAACACACAUAACCAAUCAAAUGCCCCUCGGCCCUUUUUUCUUCAUAUUCUGACAUUUUCAUUUGCCAAAUUGUGUUUUUUGCGACUUUUAAAUUUAAUUUUUUAAAGGGUAGAGGGUUUUUGAUUCUUUUAUGUGUGUGUCGAGACGAUUUUUUUUAAAUUGAUUACAAAAAAAAAGUAGUUGGAAAUUUGCGGCCGGUAGCUAUUCUCCUCCUCCAAAUGUGUUUUCUUUUUAAUUUUAAUUUACCUUUCUUCAAUGGCAAUAAUGCAUUCAAUUUGAUGACAUAACCAUUCUGUUUUUUUCUCUUUCUCCUCCCAUUAUCAUUAUCUCUCUCUCCCCCAAAACGGUUGAAAAUUGUUGAUCAAUUGUUUCUCGUGUUGAAAUUUUUUCGCCCAUUUUGCCACUUUUCAAAAUUUUCCACCUCCUCCUCCCAUAUCUCUCCCCCCUUCAAAAUUGUUUUAUUGUGUCUCUUUCAAAUGGAGCCGCCAAGGUGUGGGAGGGGGUGGGGCUCAUUUGCAUGAAUUCUUGCCCUACAUAAUAAUAAUAUGCCACCACCAACUGACACGACAACUACAACAAAACACACAAUCUCCUGAACCGAAUCGCGAAAAAAAAUAAUACGAAAAAAACUCCCACCCCCUCCCCUUUUCCCCCCCACCCCCUGUAUAACCUCAGGAUUUUUCAUCCCAAAACAUUUUUAAUUUGACAAAAUGUUUGUGUGCGUUUGUUUGUUUGUUUGUUUGUGAGUGUGUGUGUGUGUUUCACAUUUGUUAAAAAACACGAUUUGAUGAUGAUGAUGAUGACAUAACAUUUGUUUGGGUGUAUCUUUAUUACCACCCACCUCUCUCCCCUCCCUCAACCCCCAACGAUUUUUCAAGAUGCAAAAAAUUAAAAUUAAAAAAACAAAAAAAAAUUAAUUUUCAUUUUUUCAGUUUGCCAAAAAAAAAAUGUUUUUGAAAUUUACAAAAAAUUGAAUUUUUUUUUUCUUUGAACCUUUUGCCUUUUUCCUCCCACAUUUUUUUGUUUUUCUGUUUGGUGGUCAAAUUAAUUUUUUUUUUCUGUUUCCUCCUCCCUUCCUCCUCCAUGCCGUUUGUUGAAAAUGAAUGGGCAAUAAAAUUGACAGCAAUAAGCA